AUGAAUAAUGCAGAAAGCCACAGAAGUGCACUCGCUGAAAUAAUAACCAUCUACAGAAAGAUGAAAAAGGGAAGAGAGAUGCCACAUGUAUAUAAAAGUAGAAAAGGAAGAGAGAUAGAUGAGACAACAGAUUCAGUUUCAGAGACAAUAAGAAGUAUCCCAAAUAUACGAAGAACAGAAAGAGAUGACACUCUACAAAUGACAUUCAACUUUUCGCCUUUGAAUACUUUGAACCCAUCAGGGAUCAAGUACCUCUUCUACUCGAAGAAUUCUGGGCUGGUUCAGACGCAGGUCCUGGAAAAUAUAACUGCAAAUUAUUUGGAGAUGCUAAAAAGCAACUUCUUCUGGCUGAACACGUUCAACCCCUCAGAUUCCGACUUGCAAACACUCUGCAGCAUGUUUGACAUUCACGAGCUCACUUUGCAGGAUAUAAAGGAGGGAAACACAGACGAGAAAAUAGAAGUCUUCAAGCACUACACUUUCAUUUCGAUGAAGCUAAUGGUGGAAGCAGACCCAACGAAUGACGAUAUUGACUUCAAUAUUCUUGUCUUCAAGGAUUUUGUGCUUACUUUUCACGACAAGCCAUGGAUCAGUGUCCAGGACACAUUCAACUUCAUAGAGCUCCUUUCAGCACACACACCACUCACGCCGUCCUGGGUUCUGUACUCGAUUAUAAUUGAAUUCCUCCAGGAUAUAAAAUAUCUGGCAGACGGGUGCACCCUGGAGACCUCGAAGAUACAGGCAAUUUCAAAGAAGUUUAAAGAGCCAGAGAUGGCAGGCCUUUUGAAGAGAAAUUUCAAUGUAAGCUGCCAAAUUAAUUCUCUCCAGAUGACAACCAGAUACAAAAUAGAGAUUCUCACAAUUAUCAAGAACCGGUGCAGAAAGAGAAUUGUUCCACUUGUCCAAAAGUACCUCUCAGAGUCAGUCGAUGACUUGAAGGAUCUUGCAAAAAAACUUGGUGAAAAUCAUCGUGUCCUGGAGAGAGCACAGGACACAUACCUUGCCCUUUUGAAUGUGGCACAGACUCAGGAAGGAAAUGAAAUGAACAAAUCCAUGCGUAGAAUGAGUCUGACAGCCUUGAUCCUUUCUCCCUGCCAAUUACUCUCGGGUAUUUGGGGAAUGAACGUGAGAGUGCCAGGCCAGAAUAAUGAAACCCUCUACCCAUUCUUUGGGAUUGUCUGCUUCUCCUUACUUCCUUUGUUAUUUUACUUUUAUGUGCCGAUUAGACGAACACUGCGCAAGAUGCUUUGA